CAACCGGUCUCUCUCUAUCUCUUGUAGCCGCCCCCGUCGCUCACUCCACACCGCGGCCGCCCCCGCCAUGCCCUCGGCCCCGGCCGCCCCCGCCCCCUGCCCCGGCCGCAGAUGCCCCUGCCGCGCCCGGCCACAACUGCGGACGCCCCCACCACGGACGCCCCCGCCCUCGGCCCCGGUCGCCCCUACCGCAUCCGGCCGCCCCCGCCGCGGACACCCCCGCCAACAAGUACGCCAGGACAACCUCUUACUCAUGAUGAAGCCCUUCUUUCAAGGGACAUCCACCUUCUCCAGCUUUGCACUGGGAUAUAUGAGAAAUCUGUGGGUUCCUCCUUCCAGCUUGUGUUUGCAUCGAUUGAUGAGCAUUUUUCGGAUGAUGCUCCAUUGAUUUCCUCUAGCUUUCGUGUCAUACCACUUGAUAUGAAAACAGAUGGUGUAUCCUCUGGUAGGACACUAGAUUUGGCAUCUAGUCUUGAUGUGGGUUCUGCUGCACCCCAAGCCUCAGGGGAUGCACCUCCAGAUGACUAUAAUUUGAGAUAUGUGCUGACAAUCACCUUUCAAUUCCCUUAUGAGACGCACCUUCAGGACAGUGUUGCUACUAUGGCCCAUCAAUAUGUGUGUAGUGUUGUUUCUACUGUGCAAAGGGUGUCAAUGGCUAUAUCUCCCUCCGAAUCUGGUCUAAAUGCUGGGCAAAGGAUGCUUUCCGGCUUCCCUGAAGCUGCCACACUUGCUAGAUGGGUUUGCCAGAGUUAUCACUACCAUCUAGGUGUGGAAACCCUCUUCGCUAGUGGAGGUAUCGACCAUCACUCGUCACUGUAACACGAUAGUGAUCGACGAUCGUGAGCUUCCAUGUUAUGUGUUCUGAUACUUGAGACUUUUAUUAUGACUAUGUAUGAGAUAUUGUCUCUUAUUAGUACUGGA